AUAGAUAGAGAGAGAAAUUUGUUCAAAUGUAUUUCUUCAAAACCUCAAAUUCGACUUUCCUAAUUCAUUUUUAUACAUCAGAUUUAAGGUUACACCAAUUACUCGAAGUGAGUUACCAUGCAAUCAUAUUUCAGGAUCUUACAUGUUAUUUUAUUUAUUUCUUAUAAUUUAUGAGGAUUGAUUUCCUUGCCUCUAAAAUAGAGUUACAAAGAAUAUAAAUACAUGUAUAGAUAAUGGUAUGGGCCUGGACUAUAUAAUGCAUAAUGAGCUAACAAUAAAUAUAAGGUGGGCUAUAAAACAAUAUAAACUAAUAUCCCCAAAAUUUUUAUCGGGAUUGUGAACAUGUACAUUUAAACUGAAUCAAAAAUCUAUAAAUAGAGAUGUAGAAAGCGCUUUCAUGAAUAUGUUAGCAUAUUAAGCAGAAGAGGGCACGUCUAACACUCGAACCUAACCUUGAGCAACUUUGUCACACACAAAGUGUAUGUCAAUGUCUAUAUGUUUGGUUUGUUGGUGUUAAUUCAGGUUAGCAGACAUGUAAAUGACACUGAUGUUAUCGCAAUAGACAAGUGUUGCCUUUAUGUAGGGAAGCAUAGUUUGCAAGGUAAAUUACAGAUCAAUCUCAUUUCAGCCACUGUUUUGGCAAUUCCUCGAUACUUAGGUUUUGUCCAUGCAAAACACAAAUAUUUGGACAUGGAGCAUCGAUAGGUGGUACAUUCCCCCAUUCGAAAUUAAAAUAAGAGACAAGGUUAGCUGUGGGGGAUACAUGAAUACAAAGCCUGUGAUCAAUGGUUUUGUGAAUGUAGCACAAAAUGCAUUUUAGAGCAUGAAGAUGCCGCUCUCGUGGUUUACGCAUGUACAAACACAUCUGUUGAAUUGAAAAUACAAUGUUGGGUCUCGUGAAGGUCAAAUAUUGAAGAGCUCUUUCAAGACUAUGAUAUAAAGUAGGAUUUGCGACUGACGGGCCUGUUGAGUUCAGCUUUUGGACCAUUUGUGAAGGAGUACGAAAGGCGUUGCAUUUUAGCAUCUUUGCACACUCAAUAAUAUCGGUGGCAUACUUUUGAUUUGAGAGAAAUAAAUCCAAGGAUGAUCUAGUGGCAGAGAUCCCAAGAAAGUAUUUCAAAGCACCAAGGUCAGUUAUAGCAAACUCGUGGCUAAGCUGAGUAAUGAUUCAUUGAAGCAUCUCCAUGGUAGAAGAUAACAUCAUCAACAUAAAUUAUAAGACAUGUGGUGGUUGUGGAUGUCUAGAAAAUAAACAGAGAGGGAUAUAUACUGGUCUGUUGAAAUCCUAUGAUGGUGGCACAACGAGGAAAAUGAAGAUACCAUACCAUGGUGGAUUGCUUUAGGUCGUAUAGAAAUUUUUGUAACAAACAAACAUGGUCAGGAAACUAAGAGUCACGAAAUUCAGGAGGUUGGUGCAUGUAUACUAUCUCCUCAAGGUGACCAUGAAGAAAGUGUCCUUUACAUCAAGCUAGUGGAUCGGCCACUGAUGAGAAACCACAAUAUUGAGAUUAGUGUAUAUGGUAACCGGUUUGAGAACCGGAGUAGUAGUCUGAUAACAAUCCAAUCCCUGCUAUUGAUUAUGACCUUUGGCUAGAAGUCUCUCUUUAUAACGAUAUAUAUAUAUAUAUAUAUAUAUAUAUAUAUAUAUAUAUAUAUAUAUAUAUAUAGAGAGAGAGAGAGAGAGAGAAAGAGAGAGAGUGAGUGAGUGAGUGAGUGAGUGUCCCAUCUAUAUAAAAUUUAUGGCAAAAGAGCUUCAUAGAUCUGAAAAUGUAGAUCCCUUGAGUCCGUCGAACAAGUUGCCAAGUACCUUUAGUCAUAAGAGCACUAAAUUCAUUCUUCAUUUCUUUUUUUCCUGUUUGGGUCAUGUAUAGCCUAUAAAUAUGACUGAAGGAUAGGGGUGAUGGUGGUAGUGUGAAGAUUAAGCCUUUUUCUGGGUUUAAAAAUCCAUGUUUUGGCUUAGUUUCUCAUCGGAUGAGCCGGAAGAGGAUGAGGCAUUAUGUCUGAAGGAACCCUAAAUGGAGAGGAACUGAGUGGAGAUACAAAUUUCGAGGAUUGUAAGGAAGGCUAGGAUGUAGGGGUUGAUCCCAAGAGAUAUAUCAAGGCAGUCAUUGUGGACGAGAGAUGAGAGGAGGUCGAGGUUUGAGGAUGGGUAAUGGUUUGAAUUUGGGUUGAGUUGGUUUCAGAACUAUUAGGUGAUGGAGAAGAUGAGUAUGUACAGAAAAGUGGAGAGGGUUCAAAAUGAUGUUCUAGAAAAUCAUAAGGGGGUAACUCGAUAGGAGUAACUAAUUUAAAGGGAAAAGUUCUUACGUCAAUGAAGAGAAAGAAUGAUUUUAUGAGAGGGAAAUGUCAAGACAUAGAUGACCAUGAUGGUUGAAGGGAUAGCCCAAAAAGACACAAUGUGUUGUGCGUUGGGUGAAUUUAUGAGGUAUGGUAAUAUGGGUAUAGCAUAAAGAGCAACAAACUAUAAGAUUGGGGGUAAGUGAAAUGAGUUUGAAAGAGGUGAAAAUGAAGUGUCUCAUUUUGGAUUGAUGCUGAAGGAAGGAUAUCUAGGAAGUGUGUGGUUGUGUGGAGGGCUUCUACCUAAUAUGUAGGUGGUAUAUGAGCUUGAAAAAUAAGGGAUCGUAUCAAGUUGUUUAUGGUGUGUAACAUCCGUAUUUUCUGUUUUGUUGAGGUGUGUGAGAACAUGAAAAACAGGAUUAAAUACCAUUUUUGGCAAAAUGGGCAUGAAUACAAUUUGGAAAAUACAUCUGAUUUUUUGUUUUCAAGGGUAGACCCGAAGAUAAUGAAGAUAAUUGUUAAGAAAUAUAACAUAAUAAUGCAAACCGAUUAUGCUAGAAAUGGGUUAAGUCCAUACGUCGGAAUGAAUAAUAUUAAAAGCAUUAGACGUAUAAGAAGUAAAAGAAUCGAAUGAAAGGUUCACAUGUUUCCUAAGUUGGCAUGCUUGACGAAUAACAUCAAAGUUUGUUUUAUUACAUGAAAUUAGAUUAUUGGAAAUUAAAUAUUGGAAAAAUUUACUGUUGGGGUGACAAAGGCGUUGGUGCCAACAAGAGUGACUUAUGGAGAUAUGAACUUGAGGGGUUGAAGGAAGAACGGGAUAGAAAGGACAAUCACUAUCUCAUCGGAUUAAAGGUUGUUUGGUCUUAUAAUCAUUGGCAGUGAAAACAAAUUCAUCAUAUUUAAUAGAACAUUUGUUUUGAUGGGUAAAUUUGCGUACAUCAAUAAGAUUUUUAAUUAUUAAGGGUGUGAUGAGUAUGUUAUUGAGGGGAAGUGGAGGAUAGCGAUUUUGUAAACGAAAUUUAGAGUGCUCGGUCUUGAUCACAAGAAUAUGUGACCCGUUACCAACUCAAGCAGAAUGAGAAAAUGACUAUGACUAAUGGAUUCUAGAAUACUAUCAUUUGCAUGGACAUGAUCCGUGGCUCUGGUAUCCAUUAACCAUUUAUCCUGUGGUAGGGUCUUACAUAGACAUUGUGUAAAACAUAUACGGAAGAGGUGUAGAUUGGUACUGUACAAACCAUGUCCAUGGGAGAGCGAUGUUUCCCUUUUCUGAUUCUCAAAUGUGUUCCUGGAUGUAGCCACUUAAUGGGUUUGUGGUUGUAAAAGAGGUGGGCCAACAAGGCAUUGAGGCUAUCGAGAGGAGUUGUUGGCCUAUUGGGGACUGUUGGGCGUUGUACUCCGUAUGGAUUGUGCUAGAGGGGGAAUAAAAUGAUUCAUAGGGCUGAACAAAAGGCUGUAGUGAUGAAUCUGUUCUUGAGAAGUUCUGGCUGGUGGUAUUUAGUUCUGGUUUCCUGUGUGUGGCUGUUCUUGUCGGUCUCUAGGCUACUUGCAGUAGUCAUUUCGGCUGUGAUUUUGGUGACUAUUAUCGGUGUGAAAGACUGUAGGUUAGGAGCAUUGGUCAAAGUGUAUGAGAGUCAGGGAUCUUCGAUUUGUGUUAAGUAUCGGUUCUUCCAACACAAGCAUCGAAUGAGCUUCGAAAAAAGAGGGAAAUGGGUGUCGGUGGGGGAUCAUUAUUGUUAUGCCAUUAAUUCGAGAGGUGAGAUCGUUGAUUGUAUAAAUGACAAGAUGUUUAUCAGAUAGUUUGGAGUUGAUAUCCAAGUUUGCAAGAUGUUCGGUGAUAUCCAAUAAGGCUGAAACGAAAGAUGACCCAUGGUAUGGACCAGAGUUCACAAUCAAGUUGCAUGAUGUGAAAUUCAGUGUUGUCUCGGAAGAGAUUUUUGAUGUUUAGCCACACUCGACGAGCCGAAGUAUUUUUCAUAAGAAUUGUGUUGAGAAGAUUGUAAGAAAGGGCUGAGUAGAGCCACAUUUUUACCACUGCAUCUACCUUUGGGUUCGGUCAAUUUUUGAGUUGGGUUGUCAUAGUAGCGUCUAUGUGAUCAAGAACAUUAUAUGCUUCACAGUGGGUCUGGUAACGAAAUCUUCUUUCACAUGUUUCAAGAUUUUGAAACUUUCAUUAAACAUGAUGGUAUGUUCCUAUAUUAACAAUGCAUAAUGGCCUUGUUGGGUUUUAUUCAAAAAAUGGUUUCUAAAAUCACUAAAAACGACAACGAAAGCUUUAAAAUAUUGAAUAUACAUAAAACUAUUUUAUCCCACUAAUGAUCAUUUUGCAUGUAUAAAAGAUUAACACAACCAUAGGAAGAAAAAAUUACAAGCUUUAAAGUCUUUGAAUCUUAAAGGGAGGUUGGAUGUUGAUGGAGUGAUGGCAAGAACUAAAAGAUAGAAUUCCUCUAGAAGUAUCCACCAAUAAUAACCAAAUAAACUAGAAUGAUAGUUCUUCUUGCUUUAAAGAAGCUCUUAUGCCUUUAAGAAUGAAAGGAUAUUUUGUUUUAAAGGAGAGCUCAAGUAUAACCUUUUCUUCAAGCUAAUGUCAUAAAAAUAAAGAGAAAAAGAGAAGAGACGUGAGAGAGGUUCCAAGUCAGGGUUUUGAACACUAAAAAAUAAAAGAAAGAAAAUCUAGUCUUAAGCCUUUUAGAUAAGUCCUUAUCUCAUGGGUCUUGACACUUUAAUAUCCAUGUUUUCUUGAUUAUAACUAGCCAUGCUUUUAAAGCAUGAUGUGUAUAAAACAUGUCAAAAGAUGACUAGAUUUUGUCCCCUUACUUGUCAUCUUAUACUUUUAUAAAAAGGAGAGAGUUUUUAUAAAACUCUUCCAUAUUUUAUAAAUAAUAAAAUCAUAAUGCUUUUAUCAAACAAACAAAAGUCUUUCUAGUCCAAAAAAAUUGUGCAUGACAUAAUAAAUUAUACCUUAUGAUAUAUCUUCAUACUUAACAUUGAAAAUUAAUGUUUUCAUAAAAUAAAUAAUUUCUUAUAUUUUGAAAGAAUUAAAAAUAGUUAAUAAGAUCGAAUAUUGAUAAAUAUGCAAUUGCAUUUACUUGUUAUUGAUGUGACCUAAUGGGAUUAUAUGUCAUUAGCAAAUAUCAUUUCAAAAUGAUUCUUGAGUAUAUAGAUCUUUCGAGGCUAACAAUGAAUACAAGAUGGGUUAUACAACAAUAUAGCCUAAAAAUCACGAGUUAAAUUAGUAAAUUUAAGUCCUUACCUUCUACGUAAAACUUUUGUAAGGAUGUUUUAAGAAAUGUUCUAUAUGGUUACAUACAUGGUAAUUACUAAUGAGUUGGGUUACUUAGAUCAAAUUUUAGGUAUUAUAAAUUUUACUAUAAAUAUAUGUUUUGUAUUCAAUUUAUAUAUUAAUAUCUAUUGAGGUCGGGUCCAUGGUCUGAGACUAUAAGCAUCAACAACCCCAUCCUCACUUUUUUAUUUGAGGAUUCCCCAUCCUCAUCCCCUUCCAAUCAACUUGGAGAUUUCCUGGUAAAACCAGGUUCAAGUUUCAAUUUCCCAUUGGGUAUGGUUUUUUUCCAUCCCUGUAUUUAAAAUUUAAAAACGAUACCUAUAUUAAUCUCCAACGAAACUAUAAGGGACUUAUCUGAAAUGAAAGACAUAGAUAAACUUCUUUCAAUCGAAAGAAUAAUAGAAUAAAUAGAUAUGUUAUGUUUAAACAGAAACAAAGACUAAAGAUAAAGUCAAGGUUCCAACAGAAACAAAGACAAUUGAAGCCGAAGGGUCAAGAACAAAACCAAAUAUCAAGGAACCAGUAGAAAACUAUAAAAACAAGACAAUGGAGGCUUUACAGGGGCAACCAACAGAAAGAAAAGGUAAACUCACAAAAGUAGAACGCAACAAGCAAUUAUGUAAAGCUAUUGUCGAAUACAGAUGGGAUGAUGUAGAAUCCAUGAUAAAUGAAGACAAGGGUGUAAUCACAGAGGCAAUCGAUAGUGAUGGCAACAUGAUACUUCAUAUAGUGGUUGAGAUGGGUUCAAACUAUUUUGUUAGUGAGAUGUUAUCAAAAAUCGAAGAUGUAAAAUUACCUAAAAUGAAAAAUAAAUAUGGAAGCACAACCCUUCAUAUUGCUGCAAUCGUUGGCAACAAAGAAGCAGCAAAGCUCUUGAUUAAGAAAAACAAAGUUUUGUUGGACGCAACAGACUUUAAAGGUGAAACACCUUUGCAUAAAGCUUUUGAAAAUAUGCAUCUUUCUACCAUUGAAUAUUUGUUGAAAGUUGCCAAUGAUGAUGGAAAACCCAAGCUGGAAGUAGAUGUAAAAAAAGGCAUCAACGUUCUUGUUAAUGCUAUUUCUGCAAAGCAGUAUGAUUUAACAAAGGAGUUAAUAAAAAGAUAUCCUGAAUUUGUUGUGGAAGACGAUGAUGUAUUGAUGGCAAUAGCUAAGACCUUUCCGAGUGGGCUAGACUAUUUGGAAACAUUUAUAUAUCCAAUUCCGAAUUAUAAUUAUAAAAAGAUAGUCCAUAGAGCCAAGGGCCUCUUUUAUUUAUUAAAAGGUCUCUACAUCAACUUAAUGGGAUUAACACAUGAUAUCCCUAACAAUAUGAUUUGGAGUAUUUUGCGACCGGUAGCAAUCAUCAUAGGAAUGGUUCCAUUAGGGGGCCUAACAUGGAUUUUAAACUUGAUUCUCCUCGUCAUACAGAUGGUUUAUUUUCCACUCUUUAUGUUUUAUUUUUCCUUGUGGAAGGUUUUAAAAACAAUACUUGAACCAAUUGAGCAUAUCGAGAAGAAAUUCAAGGAACCGAAAGAAGCAAAAGAAGUUCUAAAAUUGGUAUGUGAUGAAAUAGAGAAGUUAGGGUGCCCUGAUAUAGAUCAUCCUCGCUUGUACGCCAGACCAGUUCUAGAAGCAGCACGUCAAGAUGCUUAUGAGGUUGUUGAUGAGAUUUUAAUGAGAUGCCCUAAAGCAAUUCGGUACAAAAGAUAAAAGUGGGUAUGACAUCAUACAAUUAGCGGUAAUAAACCGUUCAGAAAAUAUCUACCAACUUAGGUACAUUCUCGGGGAGCGUAGGAAUGUCUAUAGAAUGAUCGAAGAUUCCUCUAAAAACAAUAUGUUACACUUGGUUGGAAGAUUAGCUCCUUGGCAUAAACUAAAGCUGCGCACUGGUGCAGCAUUACAACUACAAAGAGAGCUUCAAUGGCGUGAGGUAGUGAAGAAGCUAGUAUCUCCCGCCUACCAUACUAAAGAGAACAUUUUUAAUGAGACACCGGAUAUAGUAUUUACAAAGGAACACAAAAAUUUGGUGAAGGAGGGAGAGAAGUGGAUGAAAACAGUAGCAGAAUCAUGCAGCAUCACUGCAGCGCUGAUUACGACAAUCGUAUUUGCAGCAGCAAUUACGGUGCCAGGUGGAAGCCAUCAAGAAAAAGGCUUCCCCCUGUUUAGAGGACAAAUUGCCUUCAAGAUCUUUGGUCUAUCAGAUGCAAUCUCACUAUUUGCAUCCAGUACAUCAUUACUAAUGUUCCAAUCCAUACUCACUGGCCGUUUUUCUGAGCAAGAUUUUCUGGUCAGUUUGCCAAGACGAUUAAUUAUUGGUCUUUGCACCUUAAUGAUAUCAACAACUGCCAUGAUGGUGGCCUUCAGCGCGACCUUGUUCCUUGUCUUUUGUCAUGGAAAACGAUGGAUGCUUGCUCCGAUAUGUGUAUUAGCUCUCCUCCCGAUUGCAUCUUUUGCUACUUUUCAAAUCCCGUUGAUGGUAGAUCUAUUUCGGUCAACAUACGGGUACAUUGGGUACAUCUUUAAAAAGCGUAGCAGCAAAAACAGCCGUAGAUUAUAUCCGUAUGACAUCCGCCUAUUUUUUGGCAAGUGAAAUAAGUGCAUAUCUUGGAAUUACGUAUUUUACUGCAUUUUACAAAAGAUAAGUUGGAUAAAACAAUCAUAAAUUAUUUCCUAUGUCAUUGUGAUCAGAACAAGAAUUACUUUCCAGUUUAAUAUAAGUGUUGUCACAUAUUACACGUGCCUUUUUUUUCUUUUUUGGAAAUGACAAAUGAUUUAGCAGAUGCCUACUCGUGUAUUUCAACGAGCACCCCGAAGCUCCUUUACAGGGCAAACCUAGCCCCAUAGGGGUUUCAACCUCUUAAAUUUGUUGUGCUGACUAUUUGUUGUUAUUAUUAUUAUUAUUAUUAUUAUUAUUAUUAUUAUUAUUAUUAUUAUUAUUUUCAUGUGCUCAUGUCCUUUUUUUUUCUUUUUUGGAAAUGACAAAUGAUUUAGCGGAUGCCUACUCGUGUAUUUCAACGAGAACCCCGAAGCUCCAUUACAGGGCAAACCUAGCCCUAUAGGGGUUUCAACCUCUUAA